GCUCUUCCUAUGAGCCGGAUCAAGAAGAUUGUGAAGUUGGAUCCCGAGCAUAUUUCCUCCACGGAAUCGGCCAACUACGUUCUGGGGAUGGCGACAGAGAUGUUUGUGAGGCAGUUUGCGGUUGAUGCCAGCGAGAUCACGCGGUCGAAGGGCCGCAAGAAGGUGAUGUAUGCGGACGCACAGAAGGCUGUGAGCAACGUCGACAUCUAUGCCUUCAUGCGGGACAUUGUGCCGAAACGGGCGCCCAUCGGGGAGCUCAUGAGCAAGGGGUUGGUGAAGCUGCGGCCGGGCGACCAG